UGUGGAUGAAUCGCGAAACUUGUUUGUGUUGAUGAAAUUUUACGCGACAAACGCCACGCUAGGAAAUCCCCGCAAGACUAUAAGUUGGAAAUCAUCCUUGAUGCAGGUCAGCUCAGUUAUCGUUUUCAAGCUGACCUGUUCAUUCCAUUCAAGAAAUUAAUGCCGGAAUAAUGGAUUUGUUUCGACUCGUGCUCGUCGUUGCUGGAAUAGCGAAGGCAUCUUCAACGCCAGCUGAAGAUCGUGAAUACUUUACGGAUGCGCCGCCAGGUGGAUAUUAUCUGCGACAUACUUUAGAAGACUGUCCAUCUCGAUUUUAUUCCAAUGCUGACCAGCACGAGACCCGGCUAAUUGAUGAUGACAAUAAACAAGUCUGCAAUACAGAAUAUCAGCUUGAGGUUUCAAUAGGUUGGACGUCCGGCGAAAAAGUUCAAUACCGAUGUGGUGGAACGCUCCUGUCUUCCAAAUUUAUUCUCACCGCAGCCCACUGCGCAAUGGAUAACGAUGGGAUACCACCAGACACUGUGCAACUCGGCAUCGGGAGCACCAAUAGUGGUGCAAACAAUUCACAAGCUCAACGUUUUCAGAUACGUCAAUUCAGAAAACAUCCCCAGUACCAGUCGAGUAGAAAAUAUUACGAUAUUGCAAUUAUAGAGCUGGAAAACUAUAUAAAUUUCAACGAAACCAUUUGUGCUGCGUGUCUUUGGUUGGAAGAGAAUACCCCAUCCGAACCUAUGACUGUGAUUAAGCUGAGUGGUGGAGGUUGGAAUAGGAACUCUAGCCCAGUACUGGAAAAAAUUUCUUUAUCGUUUAUCAAUAACACCCACUGCGAAGAACGUAUGCCCUUCGACACGCGGUCACUUCCUAAUGGACUAGUGGAUAGUCAGUUCUGCGCUGCAAAUGACACUGUGGACACCUGCGAGGGAGACUCUGGCCGACCAUUGUUUGUGGAGCGGUUUGAUUUGGAUGGGAGUGUAAUUACGCUAGUAGUUGGAAUUGUUACAUUCGGCACACUUUGCACUGAAGGUUCAACGGGAGUUUACACACGUGUUGCUUCCUAUAAAAAUUGGAUAGAAAAGGAAACCCAGCUUUCAUUUAGCUAUCCAGCCUGCAGUCGUAGAAACCGGAGUCACAUCAAACGCCAGAAUCUUCGGUUUCCCUUUCUUCGCCUAGGGAUAGUAUGGAACCGCGAUGACUUACACGCCAACCAUUGCGGAGCCACUCUAGUGGAUGACAAAUUCGCUCUCACUUCCGCCUAUUGCGGGACGGAAAAACAUACUUCACCAAUGUAUGUAAUCGUAGAACCUUCAAAGGAAAUCAUUCCAGUAGACAAAGUUUAUGUCCAUCCGCAGUACAGCCGAAACAAACCGGAAAAUGAUAUUGCAUUACUCCGAUUGAGCAAAUAUUUGAAGGGUGGAAUGUCACCAGCUCCUGCUUGUCUUUAUCGGAAUGGUGAAACACGUGACCAAUCGGAAAGUAUAUUUUACUCUGUCCACGAUAAUGAUUCUGGAAAUCAAAGCAUGAGUUACAUUGUGCAGAUGCGAAAUGCAGAUCAAUGUCAAAAUCACAUAAACUAUCAGCACGAAAUGCUGCUCCGUGGAAGUCAUCAUGAACCUAAGGUUCCGUCAAUUUGCAAGAUGAUUUACGGAUGUGCCAUUUCAUUCGAUGUCAAUUCGCCGUUCCUGUACGGAGUGGUAUCUUCUUUAAGUAUCGAAUGUGGUGAUGAUUUGAUUGGAACCAGUGUCUCACAUCAUAUUGACUGGAUUGAAAGCAUAAUAUUCGAUCAUAACGGAAGUGAUUUGAAGAGCAUAAUGCUAGAGUCAUUCCUCGUGUUGUUCAAGAUGGUGUUCAGUUCUGGUGCUUUUCUGUUUAUAAUUGUGUUAACAAAUACCGGUGCAGUGCAAUACUUUCACAGGAGGCCUGCUUCGGACUAUUAUGAACGGUCAAGUAUUUUUGAUUGUGCUGAGAGACACUAUCCGCCGAUUAAGAAGGUUCCAAAUAAAUUUGUUGGUGGUGACAGUCCUGAAGUUGCAGGAGGUUUCCGGGCAUAUAAUGGAGAAUAUCAACAUAUGGCUGCAAUUGGAUGGCUUAUUGAUGAAAAGGUGAAAUAUUACUGCGGUGGUACUCUAAUUCAUCCUCGUUUUAUACUCACGGCAGCCCACUGUGCUUUACCAAUUGAGGGUGUACUGCCCAGUACGGUGCGACUCGGUGACACUGACCUGGGAAACUCGAAUUAUGAUUUCGAUGCACAACAGGUCCCAAUCAAGCAUAUCAAGCGCCAUCCUCAGCACCGGUUUACUCGUAGCUAUCACGAUAUCGCACUGCUGGAGCUGGAGCAUGCAGUCAGGUUGAGCGAAUUCGUGUGCCCCGCGUGCCUCUGGGCGGAGGACUAUAUUCCCGCUGAUCAGUUGCGAAUCGUUGGCUUCGGGGAGGUGGAACAAGCGACUGGAUUAAGCUCAACACUUCAACAAGGCCGUGUAUCAUUGAUGCCCAGCAAAUCUUGCGAAGAAAGUUUCAUUGAUAAUCGUGGAAUAUCCGAAGGGUUGAUGGAUUCACAGUUCUGUGCUUCACAUGCAACGAUGGAUACUUGUCAGGGAGACUCUGGAGGCCCAAUCGAGGUACGACGAAUUGACAUGUCGGAUUUGGAACAUCCGCUAGUAGUUGGCGUAACUUCUUUUGGAACGCCUUGUGUCAAUGGUUCCAUCGGGGUUUACACCAAAAUUGCACCCUACAUCGAGUGGAUUGAGCGCGAAAUCAACGAAACGAUAAGCUACAACAAAUGUAUUGCGCUAUGCCCCAUGAGACAAUUUGGCACUAACUUCCUAGGACCAUCGAACUUCCGAGGGAUCGUUCACCUGUUGAGGAAUAUUUCCGUUGAAAGUAGAUCUAAUUGCUCCGGGACACUGAUAGAUGAUCGUUUUGUAUUGACAUCAGCUUCGUGUGCCACGGUUCCAGAUGAUGUUCAUUUUAUUUACGUUUCUACGAGUCAAGAGAUUGUGCAAGUUGAUGAAAUUUUUGUACACCCUGACUUUAAAAGAAGCGGUUUAGAGAAUGAUUUGGCCCUUCUCAAACUGAGCAAAUAUUUACAACCAAACCAGACUGUAAAACCAGCUUGUCUGUCGAGUUCAACAACGGCCAACAGAGCUGGUACAUAUUUCUUUCACAUGAGUAAAGAGUCCAAUUUAACGAAUAAAUUGCCCGGAACCGAAUACUAUUCGAAAGGCGCAGAAAUUUCGGACGAAGCUUGCAACAACUCUAUUCAGAGGAAUACAAUAUGUGCCUUUAACAAACAAGCAACUAUUCCAAAUAUUUGCAAGCUCGAACACGGUGGACCCAUAUUUCGCAACAGUUUCCCGGUACCAUACAUUAGCGGAGUCGCUAACAAUCUCAACACUGACUGCGAUGGAACACUUUACGGGACUCUGAUAGACACUCACAUACCGUGGAUUGAAAAGGUUUUGAUGGGAAGGCAAAGAGCUAAUGUACAUGUGUUUGUGUAGAUAGAAAACCAUUCCUGCUUAGUUAUCUACUCAACCUACUUUUUCGAGUCAACUCAAACCCAAAACUAGUAGCCAAUUAUUGUAUUAUUCUCCGGGAUAUGUUGUUUGGCCACAAAAUACGAAAUAAAUUAAGAUGCAUGACUGACGUAGGAUUAGGUAUGGCUGUGUUUCAGAAUCUAAAGUGCUAGAUGAACUCGAGAAUAAAAUAUUAUUUAUUUAUUUA